CCCAGAAAACGCGGAGUCGUGCCGCUGCGGUCGUUACUUCAUAGCCAUGAUCCUCCCCAUGCCAUCCAUGGGGCCCAUGGGCGGGCCGCCGACGGCCUAUGCGCUGGCAAGGCGGCCCUGGGUGUACUUCGUGCUAAGUCUACAGUGCGUUUGCUGCGUGGCACGUGCGGUGAUCUUCUUAGACAUCAUGGGCGCUUUCCUGAUGGCCAUCAUGAUCGGCGUUGGCUACUGUGCCAUUCGCGAGGAGUUCAACGUGCAGCUGCUGUGCUACUGGGGCCUCAUGUGCUUGAUCAAUGGUUCCUUUGACCUGGUCAAGCUGAUCGAUGUCCUGGUGAAGACUAGGAUGCCGCUUUUUUCGCAGCAGGCUCCUGCCGAGUACAACAUCGCCAAUGGGCUCGCCCUCAUGAUCCCCGUCUCGACGCUGAUGGGCGUUCCCUUGACAUGGUGGAUCUACAAGGACUUCAUGAACGGUGGAGAUGCGCUGCCUGGCCCAGGUGCAGCGUACAGAGAAGGCGAAGUCCGGCACACGGAGGCGUCCAGCCUGUUACCAGGAGGAGGAACGACGCAGACCUUCACAGCCUUCGAAGGCCAGGGACGACGCCUGGGAAGUGGCUGAACCGCAACUGCCGCCGCGACCGGCAAAAAAAAGGGCAAUAGCGGCAAUGAAGGCAAG